AAUACCAACAAAAAGAGUAACCUCGGAAUGAAAAUGUGAACAUACCUAAGAUGGAGCUGGGCUGCUGGAGAGUGAAGAAAGAGAGAGUAGUGGCUAGAUUUGGACCGUCGACAGUGGCUGGAGUGGCUGGACCACCUGCGAGGAGUGGAGCUCAAGCCUCAACGACCGUUGGAUGCUGGAGAAUAGAGGAGAGGCGCGAUUUGAAAGUGCAGCAUUUAAUGAAGAAGCUUAAGGAGAUAGAGCAAUGGCUGGAGGUUGAACCUGGAGAUCGACGGUUGCUGGAGAAAAUAGGAGAGGCACAAUUGAAAUUGCAGGGUUAAGUCAAGAAAAAGGUGCCCCCAAC